UGCAUCCAGCAAUUUUUCUGUGAAAAGUGACCGGUCCAAAGGUGAUGUUCUCAACUUCAGUGAUGGAGAUCUACCAGGCCCGUUUGAGCCAGAAAAAUCAAUCUCUCCUGCACCAAGCAAUGUGUCCUUGAAAAGUGACAAGUCCAUGAGGGAUCCUCCCACCGCCAGUAAAGAAGAACCAAACCCACUUGAGCAAAAACGACAAGCCCCCUCUGCACAACGCAACAAACCCCAGGAUGAUCCGUUGGACUUCCUCUCUGAGCAAAGAAAUGCUUCCAUGGUAACUGAACAGGAUGGCCGAAACCUCAGCAAAGAUGUCAAACGCAAACUCACACCAGAUCUGAAAAGUAGAAUCUGCAGUCAGCACGAAGAGGAACUCAGAACACAUGAAACUGACACAGAAAUCUAUGAGAUACAGGAUGGCAAAAGCGAAAACGCUAAAGCACAAACCUUUGAUGCAUUAUUUGCCAAGAAAAAAAGAAAGAAAGUACGAACAGUGCUAAUGAAGGGAGUCCCUCGGAUUGGUAAAACAUUCCAAACAAAGUUGUUCAUGGUGGACUGGGCAAAAGGACAAUCCAACAAAAAGACAGAUUUCAUGGUGUCAUUUAAUUUCAGCGAGCUGAAUUCAAGAAAAGAUGAAGUCCUAAGCAUGACAGACCUCCUUCGCCAUUCCCUCAAUGAUGAAAAACACAAAGUCUCCAAGAACGAGUGUAAAGGACUUUUCGUCCUUGAUGGCUUGGAAGAUUGUAAACUUCCUUUGGAUUUUGCAAAGAACAAGGACCUGGCUGAUCUGCAAAAGUCGGCCUCGAUGGAUGUGCUGCUAACAAACCUCAUUAAAGGGAAGUUACUUCCCUCUGCUCGUCUCUGGAUCAUCUCUCGACCUUCAGGAGUUGAUAAAAUUCCUCCUGAAUAUAUUCAGAAAGUGACCGAAUGUCGAGAGACUUCGAAGCGGCGGCAGAAACUGACGUCAGCCCUGAGACAAAGAUUUCUUCUAGAAACCCCUCAAGAUAAAGACAUAGAUCAUCCCAAUCAGAAAAACACAGAACACAUCAUGAUAAAACAAGGAAGUGGUGAAGGGACGCCAGUGACUUCAGUGUCGGAUGUCUUCAAAGAUACAAAAGAACAAAAGGUCAGAACUGUGCUGACUACUGGAGACACUGGAAUUGGAAAAUCCUACCAUGUGCAGCAAUUCAUAAAAGACUGGGCUAAAAAAGAAGAUUAUGUUAUUUUUCCACUUGAGAUCUCAAAGCUGAAUUUGAUGGAAGAGAAAAAAAUCAGCCUGAUGGGACUUCUUAAUAAUUUCUUCAACGAAACAAAUGAAUUCAUCAUCUCUAACUUUGAACAAUUCAAAGUUUUGUUUGUCUUGGAUGGACUGGAUGCUUAUCAAUCGACUCUUGACUUUGGCAACGAAGUCACCUUGACUGAUGUCAGAGAGGAAGCUUCAAUGGAUGUGCUACUGAUAAACCUCAUCAGAGGAACCCUGCUUCCUUCGGCCCGGCUCUGGAUCACCUCCCGACAGAAGCUGCCUGAUGAUGCACGUGUCGACAGGACAACACAAAUACGAUACAAAGAUGUUGAAAAGAAACUCACAUCAGCCCUGAAACAUAGAAUCUACAGUCAGAACGAAGAGGAACUCAGAGCACAUGAAACGGACACGGAAAUCUAUGACAUACAGGAUGGCAAAAGCGAAAACGAGAAAGCACAAACCUUUGAUGCACUAUUUCCUGAGUCACAGGAAGAAGUGCGAACAGUGCUAAUGAAGGGAGUCCCUCGGAUUGGCAAAACAUUCCAAACAAAGUUGUUCAUGGUGGACUGGGCGAAAGAAAAAUCCAACAAAAAGACAGACUUCAUGGUGUCAUUUAAUUUCAGCGAGCUGAAUUCAAGAAAAGAUAAAGUCCUAAGCAUGGCAGACCUACUUCACCAUUACCUCAAUGAUGAAAAACACAAAGUCUCCAAAUACAACAACUAUGAUGAGUGUAAAGUAGUUUUCGUCCUUGAUGGCUUGGAAGAUUGUGAACUUCCUUUGGAUUUUGCAAAGAACAAGGACCUGACUGAUCUAGAAGAGCCGGCCUCGAUGGAUGUGCUGCUAACAAACCUCAUUAAAGGGAAGUUACUUCCCUCUGCUCGUCUCUGGAUAAUCUCUCAACCUUCAGGAGUUGAUAAAAUUCCUCCUGAAUAUAUUCAGAAAGUGACAGAAUGUCGAGAGACCUCGAAGCGGCGGCAGAAACUGACGUCAGCCCUGAGACAAAGAUAUCGUCAAGAAACCCCUCAAGAUAAAGACAUAGAUCAUCCCAAUCAGAAAAACACAGAACACAUCAUGAGAAAACAAGGAAGUGGUGAAAUUAAUGAUGUUGAGAAAACGAGACGUCCUGCUGCAAAAUCAGUGACGCCAGUGACUUCAGUGUCGGAUGUCUUCAAAGAUACAAAAGAACAAAAGGUCAGAACUGUGCUGACUACUGGAGACACUGGAAUUGGAAAAUCCUACCAUGUGCAGAAAUUCAUAAAAGACUGGGCUGAAAAUAAUGACAAGUCAGGUGGGUGGAUGGAUAAAGUAAGCGGAAUGAUCUGGGGCAACGAAGAAGAAGAAGAAGUUAGAUUUCUACUUAACAUCUCAAAGCUGAAUUUGAUGGAAGAGAAAAAAAUCAGCCUGAUGGGACUUCUUAAUAAUUUCUUCAACGAAACAAAUGAAUUCAUCAUCUCUAACUUUGAACAAUUCAAAGUUUUGUUUGUCUUGGAUGGACUGGAUGCUUAUCAAUCGACUCUUGACUUUGGCAGCGAAGUCACCUUGACUGAUGUCAGAGAGGAAGCUUCAAUGGAUGUGCUACUGAUAAACCUCAUCAGAGGAACCCUGCUUCCUUCGGCCCGGCUCUGGAUCACCUCCCGACAGAAGCUGCCUGAUGAUGCACGUGUCGACAGGACAACACAAAUACGAUAUGUCAAACAGAAACUCACAUCAGACCUGAAAUGUAGAAUCCGCAAACAGCACGAAGAGGAACUCAAAACACAUGAAAUGGACACCGAAAUCUAUAAGAUACAGGAUGGCAAUAGCGAAAACGAUAAAGCACAAACCUUUAAUGCAAUAUUUCCUGAGUCACAGGAAAAAGUGCGAACAGUGCUAAUGAAGGGAGUCCCUCGGAUUGGUAAAACAUUCCAAACAAAGUUGUUCAUGGUGGACUGGGCAAAAGGACAAUCCAACAAAAAGACAGACUUUAUGGUGUCAUUUAAUUUCAGCGAGCUGAAUUCAAGAAAAGAUGAAGUCCUAAGCAUGACAGACCUACUUCACAAUUACCUCAAUGAUGAAAAACAUAAAGUCUCCAAGUAUGAAGACUAUGACGAGUGUAAAGUUGUUUUCGUCCUUGAUGGCUUGGAAGAUUGUGAACUUCCUCUGGAUUUUACAAAUAACGAGGACCUGGCUGAUCUAGAAAAGCCGGCCUCGAUGGAUGUGCUGCUAACAAACCUCAUUAAAGGGAAGUUACUUCCCUCUGCUCGUCUCUGGAUCAUCUCUCAACCUUCAGGAGUUGAUAAAAUUUCUCCUGAAUAUAUUCAGAAAGUGACCGAAUGUCGAGAGACCUCAAAGCGAUGGCAGAAACUGACGUCAGCCCUGAGAGAAAGACUUCGUAGAGAAAAGACUCAAGUUGAAAACUUAAAUCAUCCCAACCAGAAAGACACAGAACACAUCAUGAGAAAACAAGGAAGUGGUGAAGUUAAGGAUGACGAGAAAACGAGACGUCCUGCUCCAAAAUCAGUGACGCAAGUGACUUCAAUGUCGGAUGUCUUCAAAGAUACAAAAGAACAAAAGGUCAGAACUGUGCUGACUACUGGAGACACUGGAAUUGGAAAAUCCUACCAUGUGCAGAAAUUCAUAAAAGACUGGGCUGAAAAUAAUAACAAUUCAAGUCUUGGAUCUUGGAUCAAAAAUAAAGUAAGCGGAAUGUUCAGGGGCAAAGAUGAAGAAGAAGAAGUUAGAUUUCUACUUAACAUCUCAAAGCUGAAUUUGAUGAAAGAGAAAAAAAUCAGCCUGAUGGGACUUCUUAGUAAUUUCUUCAACGAAACAAAUGAAUUCAUCAUCUCUAACUUUGAACAAUUCAAAGUUUUGUUUGUCUUGGAUGGACUGGAUGCUUAUCAAUCAACUCUUGACUUUGGCAACGAAGUCACCUUGACUGAUGUCAGAGAGGAAGCUUCAAUGGAUGUGCUACUGAUAAACCUCAUCAGAGGAACCCUGCUUCCUUCGGCCCGGCUCUGGAUCACCUCCCGACAGAAGCUGCCUGAUGAUGCACGUGUCGACAGGACAACACAAAUACGAUAUGUCAAACAGAAACUCACAUCAGACCUGAAACGUAGAAUCCGCAAACAGCAUGAAGAGGAACUCAAAACACAUGAAAUGGACACAGAAAUCUAUAAGAUACAGGAUGGCAAAAGCGAAAACGAUAAAGCACAAACCUUUAAUGCAAUAUUUCCUGAGUCACAGGAAAAAGUGCGAACAGUGCUAAUGAAGGGAGUCCCCCGGAUUGGUAAAACAUUCCAAACAAAGUUGUUCAUGGUGGACUGGGCAAAAGGACAAUCCAACAAAAAGACAGACUUUAUGGUGUCAUUUAAUUUCAGCGAGCUGAAUUCAAGAAAAGAUGAAGUCCUAAGCAUGACAGACCUACUUCACCAUUCCCUCAAUGAUGAAAAAAAUAAAGUCUCCAAGUAUGAAGACUAUGACGAGUGUAAAGUAGUUUUCGUCCUUGAUGGCUUGGAAGAUUGUAAACUUCCUCUGGAUUUUGCAAAUAACGAGGACCUGACUGAUCUGCAAAAGUCGGCCUCGAUGGAUGUGCUGCUAACAAACCUCAUUAAAGGGAAGUUACUUCCCUCUGCUCGUCUCUGGAUCAUCUCUCAACCUUCAGGAGUUGAUAAAAUUCCUCCUGAAUAUAUUCAGAAAGUGACCGAAUGUCGAGAGACCUCGAAGCGGCGGCAGAAACUGACGUCAGCCCUGAGACAAAGAUUUCAUCAAGAAACCCCUCAAGAUGAAAACAUAAAUCAUCCCAAUCAGAAAAACACAGAACACAUCAUGAGAAAACAAGGAAGUGGUGAAGUGACGCCAGUGACUACAGUGUCGGAUGUCUUCAAAGAUACAAAAGAACAAAAGGUCAGAACUGUGCUGACUACUGGAGACACUGGAAUUGGAAAAUCCUACCAUGUGCAGCAAUUCAUAAAAGACUGGGCUAAAAAUUACAAUAUGUCAUCGAUCAGGGGCAAAGAAGAUUAUGUUAUUUUUCCACUUAAGAUCUCAAAGCUGAAUUUAAUGAGAGAGAAAAAAAUCAGCCUGAUGGGACUUCUUAAUCCAUACUUCGACGAAACUAAUGAAUUCAUAAUCUCUAACCUUGAACAAUUCAAAGUUUUGUUUGUCUUGGAUGGACUGGAUGCUUAUCAAUCGACUCUUGACUUUGGCAACGAAGUCACCUUGACUGAUGUCAGAGAGGAAGCUUCAAUGGAUGUGCUACUGAUAAACUUCAUCAGAGGAACCCUGCUUCCUUCGGCCCGGCUCUGGAUCACCUCCCGACAGAAGCUGCCUGAUGAUGCACGUGUCGACAGGACAACACAAAUACGAUGUAAGCCUGAUGUUGCAAGCCAUCAUGAACUCAAAUCUCAGCUGAAGGAGCAGUUUACACAUGUGGCUGAGGGGCUCGAUAUGCAGAAAACCUCUGCUCUUCUGAAUGAGAUCUACACAGAUCUCUACAUCGUAGAGGGAGAGAGGGGAGAAGUCAAUGAUCAGCAUGAGGUCAGACAAGUUCAAGAGGCGAAGUUCAAACCAGCAGAACAAGAAACAUUGAUAAAAUACCAUGACAUCUUCAAACCAUCUGGAGAAAAUGUACCCAUCAGAACUGUGCUGACGAUGGGGAUGGCAGGCAUCGGAAAGACCUUCACUACAAAGAAGUUCAUGCUGGACUGGGCUGAGGAUAAGGCCCACGGGGACAUAUAUUAUAUGCUCCCACUCUCUUUCAGGGAGCUGAAUUUGAGAAAAGACAAGGAACACAGCUUGGAGGAACUCAUUCAUCAGUUUUGUCCGGCAAUGGAGGAAUCAGAAAUAAAGGACUAUGACAAGUACAACAUCCUGAUUGUCCUGGAUGGUCUUGAUGAAUGUCGCCUUGAACUUGACUUCAAUCAAAGUGAAGACUGGACCGAAGUGAGAAAGCCAACGUCAGUGAAUGUUCUGCUGACAAACCUCAUCCAAGGAAAACUGCUUUCUAAAGCUCAAAUCUGGAUCACCUCUCGACCUGCCGCAUGCAACGAUAUCCCUCCCGAUAAAGUUGACCGGGUUACAGAGGUGCGAGGAUUUAAUGACGAGCAGAAGGAUGAGUACUUCAGGAAGAGGUUCAGCGAUAAGGGUUUGGCUGAGAAAAUCUUGUCACAUGUCAAGGAAUCAAGGAGCCUCUACAUCAUGUGUCACAUCCCUGUCUUCUGUUGGAUCACUGCAGUAGUCCUGGAAGACUUCGUGAACAGAAAUGAAGAAAGGGGGAUGCCCAAAACUCUGACUGACAUGUACAUACACUUCCUUUUGUUACAAUGCAGACAAGCCAAUAUCAAGUAUCGUGUAGAUGAGACAGGUGAGAGUUCGGAGCCAGAUUCACGCUGUGAUACAAAGAACAAGGAGACAGUCAUGUGUCUGGGGAAACUGGCUUUUAAGGGGCUGGAGGAAGGAAACCUACUCUUCACCGAAGAACACUUGAAAGACUGUGGUGUUGACAUCGAAGAAACUGCAGUCUUCUCAGGAUUAUUCACUCAGAUCAAACGAGAAGAAUGUGGGUUGUACCAACAGAAACUUUACUGCUUUGUCCAUCUGAGCAUUCAAGAGUUCCUGGCAGCUUUCUAUGUGUUUCACACAUUCAAUCACACAGGUGAAAAUCUGCUUUCCAUGCCCAGUUCAACAGUUGGAGAUGCAUCAGACUUCUACAAGACAGCAGUGGACAAGGCUUUAGGUAGCAAAACUGGAGGCUGGGAUCUGUUUCUCCGCUUCCUGCUAGGCCUCUCUCUGGAAACUAAUCAGAAUCUACUGGAACAUCUGCUGGGGAAGACAGAAAACAAAAAGAAGACCAGCAACAAGGAAACAAUUGAGUACAUCAAAGAAAAGAUUAGGGAAGAGAAAAGUGAUGCUGACAAAAAGUGCAAUCUUUUCCACUGUCUGAAUGAGCUGAAUGACCACUCUCUAGUGAAAGAAGUGAAGAAGUUCCUGAAGUCAGGCACGAGCACAUUUGAAAACUUCUCCGCCUCUCAGUGGUCUGCUCUGACUUUUGUACUUCUGACAUCAGAUGAGAAGCUUGAUGUGUUCGAUCUGAAAAAGUACCUGAAAUCUGAGAAAGUUCUUCUUGGGAUGUUGCCAGUGGUAAAAGUCUCCACAACUGCAUUGCUGAGUUGGUGUGGGCUCUCUGGGGAAUCCUGCAGAGGUCUGUCAUCCUCAGUCCUCAGCUCUGCAUCCUGUAAUCUCACAAAGCUGGACCUGAGUCAUAAUGACCUGAUGGAUUCAGGUGUGCAGUUGCUUGCUGAAGGACUACAGAAUCUCAAUUGCAAACUGGGGCGUCUCAAUUUGUCAGGUUGUCAGGUGACAGAGGAAGGCUGCUCUUUCCUGCAGGAAGCUCUCAAAAAGGCCUCCUCCCUGAAACUGACACAUCUGGACCUGAGUUACAAUCACCCAGGACCCGAGGGGAUGAGGAUGCUCAAUGAUAUUGCUGAAGAACGAAAAAUGAGCCUCUGUUUUGAACAUUGUGGAGAGCAUCGAUUGAAGCCAGGCCUGAAGAAGUAUGAUGCAAAUCUGAAGCUUGAUGAAAACACAGCAAGCAAGAGACUUGUUCUGUCUGAAGGUAACAGGACAGUGAAAACUGUAAAGAAAGUGGAGGAGAAGCAGCCACGACCUGAAAAUGAUAUAAGGUUUAAGAGGUCUCAGGUGUUUUGUGAGGAGGGCCUGAAAGGCUUCUGCUACUGGGAGGUGGAGUGGAAAGGCUCUGUCGGCAUUGCAGUGGCGUAUAGAGCAGUGGGUAGAACAUGGGACAGAAGAGGUGGUCUGGGAUGCAACGAGAUGUCCUGGAGUUUGCUCUGCUCAAAGAGUGGAUACAAGGCCAUACAUGGGAAGACAUCCAAAGAAAUUGAUAAUAAGAAAGUGCCUCUUUCCCAAAAAAUCGCAGUGUUCCUGGAUUGCGAAGGUGGUUACCUGACUUAUUAUAGUGUCGGAUCAGAAGAGCUGAGCCUCAUACACACCUUCCAUGACAAAUUCACUGAACCCCUCUACCCAGCCUUCUGGUUUAAGAAGGGCUCUGUGACCUUGUGUGAGAUUGACUCAGCCCCUCUGAGAUGGUGAAAAAUACUGACGUGAUCACUUGAUGAUCCACUGGACAUUUCAACAGAUUGGCAUCAACUUGGCAGCAUCGUUACAGUACCGUAAUGUGAAACAUUAUGAUUCCAUACAGUUUUUCUUUAUCCAUUCAUAGUUUAACUUUUCAUAUUAACAUAGUUAGCAUCUUUUAGCAUGUCUAUCAAGUGUGAAUUUUGAAAUGUACAUACAAUGUUGAAGUGCUUAUCACUCUCUGUACUGAAAAGUUGCUCGUCUGUGGAGGUGACUCACCUAAUCUAGCUUUCCAGGCGCCAAUGAAUCACAGAUUGUAGGGAAGUGCACAGAUAUCUCCCACUUCAGUAGAGGAAUGUGAAAUCACUGUAAUAGCAAACUUUGACUAUACUGGCUUGUAUCUAUGCAGACAUUUUUGCACAUAACCAACUUAAAGAGGGGGACCUUAAGUAGGUAAUGUGAUGAAGAGGACAAAUACACAUUUUGUAAGACUUUAAAAUAUAAAAUUUACCUGUUUCUCAUUUGUCAGAUAGUCUUUCCGAAACACUUGUUUUUUCUACAAAUAUGUUUACUAAUUUAGUAAUUUGCAGUUUCAGGAGAAGAUUCAAACAGACUCCUCUGCAGAAAAUUGUUUUUGUGAGAUUAGUUUUUCAUGCACAUAAUGUUUAUGACUGUAGUAAUCUGACUGAAUCGAUUGAAAAUAUAAGGAUCUCCUUAAACUAAUCAGCAGAAGGUACAGACAUGCUUUUUUCUGUUUGCUGGAGUAGUUCCACUGAAGCUCAAUAUACAAUUCACUGUAUUCCAUGCUAGAAUGUGUAAAUAUGGGUUGUAUUGUAAUAAAAAUAGAAAGUGUCAUAGAAGACCUAUGCAGACUGUAGAGAACCAUGAACUACUGCCAUAUUAUGUAAUGUUUUUUUUUAAUUUAAUGCAUGUAUGUAAGAGGGAUGUUUUGCCAGUAAAAAAAGAAAAAUAAAGCUUGAAUUUAAACUAA